AUGAAUUUUGACCAGAAGGCCGUGAAAUUCCUGGCUAACUUUUACAUCAACGGAGGCACACACUGGACUCACGGUCCGCUGGGGCAGAAGGCGCCAGCGCCCCGCCUGCCCAAGGCUGCUCUGUGGUUGCCAGUUCAGGAGCCUGGGAGGGCCUGGGAUGAGGCGAGGCCCCCAGGGGCCCAGGAGCUCCCAGCUGGCCGCAGGGUACGAAUGGGUAACCCCCCGGAUUUCCAGCCUACCUGCACCCACACUCUGAGGGAGCUGUUGCUGGACCAACGCCCCCCGAUCCUGACCGACCUGGACAUCCCGGGUCCCACUAAGUACCUGCUGCCAGAUGCAUCCAUACGAGAGUCCUCCCCUCAUCCCCACUACAGCAUGGGCCGAAAGCUUCCUGCCCAAGAGGGUGGCAGCUGCAGGGCUCGGCAGACCUGGCUGCGGAGUGAAAGCCCCUUCAACAGAGAGCAAAAGUGGCCAUCGCUUACGGACUACCCGCCUUCCUGCCGGCCCACCUUCAACUUCGGCAGCCACUGUCCAACUUCCAGGACCCCUGAAAGCCACGCUCGUGCACCCAGGGCGGGGGGCCCAAGCGCCUGGGCCCAGGCUCCCCUCCAAGCUUCUCCACACCUCCUGGGCAAAAAGUGGCCCAGCCCCAACACCUAUGACAUUCUGCCCGGGUAUGUCCUGCAGAGCCCGAGGUCACCCGCCUUCUCCAUGAGCCGUUCACCUGCCUUUGCCUCUUGGGUCUGCGCCUCACAGACUCCUGGCCCAGCCGCCUACCAUGUGGAGAGCUGCUACAAUUCCCGCUUCCCCUCAACGCCCAGAGUGGUCAUUCAGGGUGUGCGGAGACCUAAGCGCCAUGAUACAGGUCCUUUCAGCACACUCUAG